AUGGACGCCGCGUCCUUGCCGCCGCUGCGCAUCGUGCUCUGCCCCUACCUCGCUUUCGGCCACCUGCUCCCCUACCUAGAGCUCGCCGAGCGCCUGGCGCUGCGGGGCCACAGAGUGUCCUACGUCUCAACGCCGCGCAACCUCGCCCGCCUCCCGCCGCUGCGCCCCGCCGCGGCGCCGCGCGUGGACCUCGUGCCGCUCCCGCUGCCGCGCGUCGACGGCCUGCCCGACGGCGCGGAGUCCACUAACGACGUCUCCGCCGCCGACCGCGAGCUCCAUUGGAAGGCCUUCGACGGCCUCGCCGCGCCCUUCGCGGAGUUCUUGGCCGCCGCGUGCGCCGACGAGGCCACCAGGCCUCACUGGAUCAUCGCUGACUGCUUCCACCACUGGGCCGCCGCCGCCGCCCUCGAGCACAAGGUGCCAUGCGCGGCGCUUCUGACGACCGCUGCUAUGCUCGCCGCCGUGCCUCGCCCGCCAUUGGAGCACCCCGAGGCCGACCCUGCCGUUGCCUCUGUGUUUGAACAGGCGGCCAAGGCCAGGCGCGCUGUGCCCAGUUCACGGCGGAAUGCGAUGACACGGUUUGUCACCGGGCAUGGCACGUCGUCGGGUAUGUCCAGCCUCCAGCGCUGCAUCUUGACAGAGAAGAGGUGCACGAUCACGGCCAUCCGGAGCUGCGUCGAGUGGGAGCCGGAGUCCUUCCCGCUCUUAGCAACCCUCCUCGGCAAGCCGGUGCUGCCCCUCGGCCUUCUGCCGCCGUCACCUGACGGAGGCCGUCGUGCCACUGGCACCAACGGAGAAGACCAUGCCACCGUUCGGUGGCUGGACGCGCAGCCGCCCGGCUCGGUGGUGUACGUGGCGCUGGGGAGCGAGGUGCCACUGCGCGAGGAGCAGGUGCGCGAGCUGGCCCUCGGCCUGGAGCUCGCCGGGACGCGCUUCCUCUGGGCUCUCAGGAAGCCCAUCGGCGCCGUUGACGACCCUCUCCCUCCCGGCUUCGAGGACCGCACCCACGACCGCGGGCUGGUGGCCACGGGGUGGGUUCCCCAGAUGAGCAUCCUGGCGCACGCGUCCGUCGGCGGGUUCUUGACGCACUGCGGCCGGAACUCGCUGAUCGAGGGCCUCCUUUUCGGGCACCCACUCGUCAUGCUGCCCAUCUUCGGCGACCAAGGGCCCAACGCGAGGCAAAUGGAGGCGAAGAAGGUAGGGUUGCAGGUGGCGAGGGACAAGGACGACGGGUCGUUCGACCGCCAUGGCGUCGCGAGCGCCGUCCGGGCCGUCAUGGUUGAGGGAGAAGAAAGGAGGAGCUUUAUGGCGAACGCACUGAAGAUGCAAGCGGUCGUAGGCGAUAAGGAGCUCCAGGAUAGGUACAUUGACGAGUUUGUACAGCACCUCAGAUCUUACGGCGCUGCAUUUCCAUUUCCAAAUGUGGCGCUUCAUGAAUGA